AUCUGACACUCAUAUCAGAGAAAAAGAGUUGGUGUAAACUAAACAGGGAGAGAGAGAGAAAGCUCAAGAAUUUGAAUCGUGGUUUUCUGGGUUUGUGGAUUGAUUCGGGUGCCGAAAACUUUUGAAUUAAGGAUUGUGUGGAACCGUUUGGCUGAAACCAGUUUUCAUUUUCUUCGGGGAAAUUAAUAAAUUUGUUAACUUCUUGCUUAUACUUUUCUAAGCAAGAAACUCCCAACUUUUUCCAAGCAUUGCCGGGGUGGUUCAACCUUUACAAAGGUUGGGACAAAAAUGAUGCCUGUAUACAGAUUCAUGGACUCACGACCCCACCAGUUUACUCAGUAUCAUCAGCCAGGCUUGGAAGCUAUGAAGAGUGAACCAAUCAACCCCAAUAUUCCAUAUGAAUGUUGGCCUCAUGGUGGCAACUAUGGCUACCCAAUGCCAUGGCAUUCAUGCUGCAAUCAUAACAGCUUCCCGGGUUAUUAUAGUUUUAGACCUCCUUAUCCUCAUUUUCCACCACCUUCACCUAUGUCUUGUUGUGGGGGUCAUCCUACAUAUCACGAAUCCUACCCUAUUCAUUAUGUACCCCCGCCACACUACUCGAUGGAGAUGCCUAGAUAUGAGUAUGACAAGAAUGUGCCCGCUGGAAACUAUCAUUGCUGUGGGUGUCCGAAUCAUGCGCACAAUCAGAAGGAUGAUAAAAUUGUGAAGAUCGUGGAGCAGGAGCCGGAGGUUGAAAAGAAAAGAAGUGAAAGUGAAUCUAUGGUUCCUGUUCAGGCCAAGAAUUACCCCUAUCCAAUUGUGUGGAUUCCACCAGAGUCCAUGCAAAGAAAAGAGCAAAAAAAGCCUUCUGAAGAUGAGAUAGAAACUGCAGAGUCUGAUAAGGUUCCAGCUCCACCUGCCAUGAAUAGCCUUGGAACUCUGCUGCAUGGUGGAGAUGGAAAGAGGACUCAGAAUCAGCAACAUGAGGAGGAGAAGAGGACACAAUUCCCAUUUCCCAUUAUCUGGAUGCCAUAUGAUAAGGAGGAAGCUGGAAAUAAGGAAAAAGAGCCACCUUAUACUUUCAAGUUCAUUCCAGUAAAUCCUCCUCAAAGUCACGGACUCACAAAUGUACCUACAGCAAAUGAAAAGAUUUCUAAGAGUCAGGGUGAUUCAGAGGUGUCAUUGGGGGAGAAAGCUGCUGACCAGGAAAAUAUUCCGGUGAAGCAAAUGGAAUUGCAUAAGGAGGAAAGUUCAGAGGACACUCAGAGCAGAGGAAGAAGUGAUGCCAAUACCAUGGACAAGCCUCCUUGUAGCAAAAGUAAAAAGCAAACAUCAUCCCCACCAAAGAUGUCCAAGUUACCUCCAGUUUGUUUGAGAGUAGAUCCUUUACCAAGGAAGAAAAAUGUAAAUAGCGGUUCCCGAUCUCCUAGUCCUCCUGCUCAUUCAAAAGAGGCAUCAAAUAAUGACACUUCCAUGGAAACUGCAGCAUCAAGCUUUAAAAAGAAGACUCCUCAAGUUCCAAUAACUCAAGAUAGCAGCAAGGAGGUGGAGCCAAGGAAAAAGAUAAAGGUUAUAGAGGUGGUGGAAAGGAAAACCAGUGAAGAUAAGGAUAGGGAUUUAAGAGAUGGGUCUGAGCCUCAGUUCCCUUUUAAUCCUUUGAUGGGUUCUCAAGAGAAAUCUGAAGAAGAUGGUAAAGAAUGUAAGGUUCAAGAAUCAAGAAAGGAAGCAGAUAUGAAAACUGAGGAACAAACUGAAUCAAAGGAAGAGAUAGAUUCAUCUAAAUUAGCUGGUGAUGAAGGUAAAUUCAAGAAAAAGACCCUGUCAGAGGAAGAAGCUGCUGUGCUUAUCCAGUCUGCCUAUCAUGGGUAUGAGGUGAGAAAAUGGGAACCACUGAAGAAACUGAGGCAACUAGCUGAAGUUCGUCAGCAGGUGGUUGAUAUUCAGAAUCAGAUUCAGAUCCUGGAGUCUUCCUUUUUUCUUCAAAGAGAUGACAAACGGAAAGUGGUAAUUGGAGAAACCAUAAUGAGGCUUCUGCUAAAAUUGGACACAAUUCAGGGCUUGCUCCCAAUUGUUAGAGAUUUGAGAAAAUCCUUGGCAAGGGAGCUUGUAAGCCUACAGGAUAAGCUAGAUUCUCUGAUGAUUAACAAGUCUGAAGAAUCCAUUGAGGAGGUGUCCACCACUACCACUAAACAUAUGGAACAACACACUGCUGAGACCUCUAAUAGUUUGUGCCUGCAAGAGGAGGAAGCAGUGGAAGUAGCAGGAUUUGGCAAAAGCUCUCCUGAGGGAAGCUGCAAUGGUAAGCUUGGAAUGGUAGAGGCACACGAAAGCAUGCUUCGCCCUGUGUCGAGCCUCCAAAGUGAGGAAACUUCGGGGUCUACCUUUACUGACACAAGUGUUGUUGUGCCUAAAGAGGCUGAGCCAGAGCAAAUUAUGGAACAAAAAGAUGAGGUACUUAAUUGUGAGCUAAAUGUUUGUCAAGAAACAUUGAAGGAUGUAGAAAAUGAAAAUAUUGUAUAUUCUGAGCAAUCCAGUGAACUUCCUUUGGUUGAAGAAGAGAAGAUCAAAUCUGAGAUGGAAUUUACACAAGGAGGAACUGAUGAGAACCCUACUGUUUAUGAGUCUGACAAGGACAAUCAAAUUGGAACGGGACAAAGUGAAGUUGAACAAAGUGAAGUAGAAUCUAACGUGUCAGGGGAUGCUACUUUGCAAAUUGAGGUUGAUUUGAUGGGUACGGAUGAAAGGCGUGGAGUGUUAGAUGAUGGCCCUGCUGCUUCUGAAUUUGAGAGGCACGAACAAGUUGAAACUGGUGGAGAGGGGAAAUGUAAUGCCACAGUCGAUGUGAUCUCACCAGAUGAUGAAACUCAAACUGUAAGUCAAUUGGAGCAGCAGGCACUGGACAUCCAUGAAGAGAAGUCUAUUGCUGAAUCUUUAGAUUGGGAAAAUGUUGGCUAUCAGAAGAAUGAGAAACUUCCUGGCGAUGCAACACCUGAACUAGCAGUGGAAUCACCACCAAUACUAAGAGAAAGCAAUGAAGUGCCAACUUGGGAGAAUAAAGAUAAUGAUGAGCAGCCUCUUGUAGCAAUCGGGGAAGAGAAGAUAGCGGAGGAAGAGGCAGAACAUGAAAGCCAAGAUGAAAAAGUGCUGGUUGACCAGGCUAUUGGAGUUGAAAUUGUGGAAGAUAAUGAUGAGCAGCCACUUCUAGCAAUCGGGGAGGAUAAGAAAGAGGCGGAAGAGGCAGAAAAUGAAAGCCAGAAUAAUAAAGUGCUGAUUCACCAGGCUAUUGGGUCUGAAAUUGAAAGUGAGGAGGUUCCACUGCACGUAGAGAAAGUUGAAGGGGAAGGAGAGCCAUUACCUCUAUCACCUACUGCCAGCCAGGUUUCUGUUGAUGAGUGCAACAUAGGUGUGGAAAGUGAUGAAAAGCUUAUCGAAGAGAACAAGAAAUUGAGGGAGAUGAUGGAGAAGUUGAUUGCAGCAGGAAAAGAGCAGUUGACUGUUAUAUCCAACUUGACUGUAAGAGUAAGAGACUUGGAGAAGCAGUUGGCUAGGAAGAAGAAACUGAGGAGAAAACCAGCCUUAUCUAGAUCUUCUCGUGUCAAAGCAGCUAAUAAAGCCCUUAAGGAGAGGGCUAUUGGUGUUGCGGUGUAGUGUCUCUGGUUCUCAAAAGUACUAUGUCCAGUUGAUGCUAAGGUUGUGUUGGGUUGAAUUGCUUUGUAUUGUGUCUUGAACUUAAAAUAUUAUUGUAUAUUUACUAAUGGAGUAUAAUAAUUCCGCUCUUAAUUUGUUGGCUUUA